AAUAAUAAUGACGAUAAUGAUCACUCUUAUACACAAAGUGAUGGUCAAUCACAAAGUCGUCACAAUUCAAGACAUCAUCACAACAGCCAUAAUAAGAGUCUAAACCAAAUAUCAUUAAGAGUACAAUCAGAAGAUAAUAGUGAUGACAGAAAUUUAAGUGAUUCACAGUCUAACUAUCAAAAGUCAAGACUAGUUUCCGAUAUACCGCGACAUUGGAGACGUAAAUCAGUGCCACAAAUGAAUCCUUCUUCAGGAGUCGAUAUCAAAAGUCAAUUACCAUUUCCUAAGGGUUCGAGAAAAAGACAUAAUAAUAAUACAAACGAAAAACUGCCAAAUAUUAUAUUCAUUCUGACUGACGAUCAGGACAUCGAAUUAGGUUCUAUGAAUUUUAUGCCAAAAGCCUCCAGAAUUUUGGGCGAAGAGGGGAUUCAUUUCCCCAAUGCUUACGUCACUACACCGAUGUGUUGUCCGAGUAGGUCAUCGUCAUUAACAGGUCUUUAUGUGCACAAUCAUAAUGUUUAUACAAAUAAUGACAAUUGCAGUUCACAGCACUGGCAGACCACUUAUGAGACGCGAACGUUCGCCACUUAUCUAAGUAAUGCUGGCUAUCGGACAGCAUUUUUUGGUAAAUACUUGAAUGAAUACAACGGCUCAUACAUACCUCAGGGAUGGAAGGAAUGGUCGGCAUUAGUAAGGAAUUCCCGGUUUUAUAAUUACACACUUAAUGUGAACGGGAAUAAAGUCAAACACGGAGACGACUAUCAUCUCGACUAUUAUCCCGAUCUCAUCACUAAUGAUAGUCUUCAGUUCUUAAGAUAUUCUAAAAGAUUUUUUGCAAAUAAACCAUUGCUUAUGGUUUUGUCAUAUCCUGGACCUCACGGUCCGGAAGAAGCGGCGCCACAAUUUCAAAAUCUUUUUAUGAAUGUCACAACUCAUCGAACUCCCAGUUGGAACUUUGCUCCCAAUCCCGACAAACAAUGGCUAAUGAGAAUAACUGGUAAAAUGGAACCAAUUCAUGAAGAGUUUACUGAUUUAUUGCAUACCAGAAGAUUACAAACAUUACAAUCGAUAGACGAGGCCGUAGAGAAAUUGUAUAAUGAACUUAAAGAACUGGGAGAACUUGAUAAUACUUAUAUAGUUUACACGUCAGAUCACGGCUAUCAUUUAGGACAGUUUGGUUUAGUUAAGGGCAAAGCUAUGCCUUUUGAAUUUGACGUAAGGGUACCAUUUUAUGUGAGGGGACCUAAAUUAACUGGUGGUCAAAAAAUCGAUAAUAUUGUGCUGAACAUAGAUUUGGCCCCAACUUUCCUUGAUAUAGCCGGUGUCAAAGCACCCGAUCAUAUGGACGGCUCAUCGUUUCUGCCAAUUCUGAAGAAUACUUAUAAAACAGAAUUGUUGAACAAAUCGGACGGCGAAACAACUCAUCAGAAAAUUAAUUGGAGACACACUUUCCUUAUUGAGAGAGGAAAAUCAAUGCGAGAUUUAAAUUAUAAUUUGAGGACUUUGACCAAAAAAGAGUGGCUAACCAUAGAGUGUCAAAAACCAGAAUACCAGUCACCUUGUGGUCCAUACCAGAGAUUUGAAUGUUUUUUUGAUGGCUAUGAGAUGAGAAUCAGAAAAUGUCGAAAGACUUUGUGGGAUCACUCUUACGAAGAUAAAGCACACAAAAAGUGUAUUUGUCCGGAGGAUCAGCCAACCCAUGCAUUUGACGACCAAAACUUUGAAGAUAACUCUGAACUAAGUUCUGAUCCCUUUAUAAAUGUAAAUAAGCGUCGAUUAAAUACAAAUGAGAAGAAACUUCAGCGAAGAUUUCUUAAAGAGCACGUCAUAAACAAAGAUUUUCGACCAACUUUUAUUGAAUCUCGAAAUAAAAGGGAUUUAGAUUUUUCGAUUGUGGAAACGUUUGAUGUCGAGGGUGUAUAUGAAUUGAGCAAACUUCUGGACGCCAGUACUUCCAAAAUGUUUAAUGAAUCGACAAUUUUUGAAGACAACUUCGAUGACAUCGACGACAAGAAUAGUACGUUAUGUACUGUUUCUUCCAAUUUAUCCAUCUCUUGUUCAGAUGAGGUCUACCAAAACAAACACUUAUGGAAACAAAAGAAGAAUAGAUUAGAUUCAAUAAUAAAAAAACUUCAGAAUAAACUGACAGAACUGAAAGGCAUUCGCCGUCACUUGAAUAUGAAGAGACCAUUACUUCAAGGACUGGAUUCAAUUGGUUCUGAUCAUAACGGAUGCGAUUGUAAUGUAAAUCGGGAUAAUCGGUCACAUCAUCGAAGGGACAAGUAUUGGAAGCGACAGUUUUCAAAGUAUUCAAAACGCAAACGCAUCAGAUUUAUGGACAAAGAGUGGAGAAGAGAAAAGAAAAUGCGGCGAAAAAAUAAAUUUUUGAACACAACCUGUAAUUACGAGAAAAUGAAUUGUUUUACUCACGACAACCAGCACUGGAAGACCGCACCUCUUUGGACAAAGGGACCGUUUUGUUUCUGUCAAAACUCUAAUAAUAAUAGCUUUUGGUGUUUGCGGACAAUUAACUCAACGCAUAACUUCUUGUACUGCGAGUUUGUCACCGGAUUUAUUACUUAUUAUAAUCUAUUACGAGAUCCCUAUCAGCUGAAGAACGCCAUAUACGACCUCGAGUUCAGUACACUUGAAGACCUAAGACGACAGCUGAACAAACUGAAGACCUGUGUUGGCGCUAAACAGUGUACACUACCGGUCCGUAAACACUAUAAUAAUCACAUUAUAGAUGAUUCAGCGAAUAUGAGUGGUAUUAGUAUUUCAAACAAUUUUUCGGCCAAAAGUCGAUCGGAAAGAAAAAUUAUUUCUUAACU